GUCUUGUAGGUUGGAAGACCCGGUCUGUGAGGGUUCUUGAGGAUGCUCUCCGCUGGGUGGCUGCAGGACAAGUCAGGAACGUGGCGAGUAUUGGGGGCAAUCUUCUCAACUCGGCCACUGUUUCCGAUCUCCAACCAGUCUUCCUGGCUCUCGACGCCAUGCUCCACGUCGACAACGCAGUCAAAGGUGAACGCACUCUGCCUUACCGUGACUUGAUGAAGUCUACGCCGCCCUUAAAAGGCCUUGACCCCACUGACGUCCUCCUCUAUGUCACCUUGCCCUUCACGAAACAGGGUGAUCACGUGAUGUUCUACAAGCAGCCAGUGCGCCGAGGGUUUGACACGUCAUACGUUAAUGCUGUAACGGCGAUGUCAUUUCAACCAAUUUCAAGUGAUGUUAUCGAGGACAUUCAUUUCACUUUUGGCGGGAAAUGUUUCCAGCCGGUUGUGAAAAUUCAAGAUCUUCAGCAGGAAAUGGCAGGAAAGAGCUGGUCUCUGUCACUGGUGCCAGCCGUUCUUACCUCCCUUGGUAAAAUCCUUAAUAACAGGACGACCAUCACGGUAGACGCCCGGCAUGUCGCUAUGGCCCAGGUUUUCAAAUUCAUGUUUGCGGUAGAAGAGGAAGUCAAUGGAAAGACUGCCCCGAACGGUCCCUCUGCGCUGUCUACUGUGGACUACGAGAGUACCCGAGUGUUUGACACUGUCGGUCCAGAUCAACCUCCGGAAGAUGCCAUACGUCGUCCUAUCCCACACUCCAGUGCCCUACAGAUGACGUGUGGAGAGGCUGUGUACCUGGACGAUAUGCCGCGAUCUGAAGGUGAACUGUAUGCUGGACUUGUGCUGAGCACGCGACCACACGCUCGAAUCAAGGACGUGGACGUGACUGAAGCUAUUGCGUUGCCCGGGGUAACGGGAUAUGUGGAUCACCAGGAUGUGCCAGGGAAGAACCUGUGGGGAUGUGCUAUACACUGUGAACAGGCAUUUGCUGAAACAGAGGUGAAGUGUUGUGGUCAGAUUAUCGGCCUUGUUCUUGCCGAAGAUCGACAGGUGGCGCAGGAAGCAGCAAGACACGUGACGGUGACAUACGAGGAUCUACCUGCCAUUCUUUCUAUUGAGGACGCCAUACGGGAGAAGGCGUUCUUCACCGAGAAACCAGCCACACCAGCCAUCGUCUUCGGUGACGUUGAAGCCGGUUUCGCUGCGUCUGAUGACGUCAUUGAAGGUCACGUGGACAUCGACGCCCGUGAACACUUCUACAUGGAAAGUCAUGGUGUUCUGGUAAAGCCAAGAGCAGAACACAACGAGGUGGACCUCUACUGCACGACACAAAAUCCUUCGAUGGCACAGAAUAGUAUAGCUCGGGUACUUGGUAUUCCUCUCAACCGCGUGGUGUGUCAUGUCAAGAGACUGGGUGGCGGUUUUGGUGGAAGGGAGACGAGAAACGACCUCCUGUCCCAGCCUGUGGCCGUGGCUGCCUACAAGUACCGGCGGCCGGUGAGGUGUGUGCUGGACAGGAGAACGGACAUGACCAUCUCGGGGAAGGGGCCCAGGUUUCACGCCAAGUACAAAGUCGGCUACACCAAAGACGGCCGGAUCCAGAGCGUUGUCAUGGACAUGUACGUCGACGCUGGUCAUGCUGCAGACAUCGCCUAUGCCUUCCUGCAGAUAUGUGUGCUGAACUUCGAGUCAGCGUACCGUUAUCCCAACUGCCGUAUAACGGGGUACCUGUGUAAGACAAACACUCCUCCUAAUACAGCCAUCAGAGGGUUCGGUAUGCCGGACUGCUUCCUGGUGUCAGAGAUGAUAAUGACGGAGGUCGCCUGCAGACUCAACAUGACUGACAUUCAGGUGCGUGAAAUAAACAUGUUGAGAGAGGGAGACAUGACGGUGUCGUGUAUGUUGCUGGACAACUGUACGCUGUCCAGGUGUUGGAGUCAGUGUCUGGAGCAAAGUCAGUAUGAAGCCCGGACAAAAAUGGUGCAGGAAUUUAACAGACACAGUCGUUGGAAGAAACGUGGCUUUGCGAUGGUUCCCUACCGUUUUGGUGUCGGGUACAACGAGAAGUAUCUGUGUAAGGCAGGUGCACUGGUGCACGUGUACGUGGACGGCUCAGUGCUGCUGACCCAGGGAGGGACGGAGAUGGGCCAGGGGCUCUACAUCAAGAUGAUACAGGUGGCGUCCCAUUUUCUUGGAAUACCAGCCAGCACCAUCCACAUCGCCGAGACGAGCACCGACACAGUCCCCAACGCGUCUUCGACGGCGGCCAGUAUCAGCUCAGACCUGAACGGCAUGGCAGUCAAGGAUGCGUGUGAGGAGAUAACGCGACGACUGGAGCCCAUCAAGAAGAACAACCCCGACAAGACCUGGAAGGACUGGGUGAAGGAGGCUUACCUGACUAAUGUCAAUCUGUCGGCAGCCGGAUACCACAGUUCACGGGAACAGGGCGGCUUCGAUUUCAACACCGGCAAGGGCCAGCCGAGCGAGUACACAACAUAUGGCGCAGGGUGUUCUGAGAUAGAAGUGGAUUGUCUCACAGGAGAAUGUCAGAUCCUCCAAACGGACAUGGUCAUCGAUGUGGCCCGGAGCCUCAACCCCGGGAUCGACCUCGGACAGAUAGAGGGCGCUUUCCAAAUGGGAUGUGGGCACAUGUUGCUGGAGAGCGCCGUGGUGUCUGAGGAUGGAUGGAUGGUGAAGGAGGGACCAGGUGAAUACAAGAUACCCACCGUGAGGAACAUCCCGCGGAAACUCAACGUGUCCCUGCUCAAAGACAGCGACAACCCGUAUGGCAUUCACUCCUCAAAGGGUAUCGGCGAAGCGUCGAUAUGCAUUGCUAUGUCGGUGUACCUCGCACUUAAAGGCGCUAUCUUGGAUUGUCGGAAGGAGAAUGGCUGUGAAUCGGAUUUCGAUUUGCGGGUGCCAGCUACUUCGGAGAGGAUCCGUGAGGCUUGUCGGGCCUGUAUCUCCAAACUAACAGAUUGACGUUUCUUAACAUCGGACGUAACACGGCCAACUGACACACCAUAAUGUCUGCGUCUACAAGAACCAAUUUUAAUCAUCCAGUAUAUUUUCUUUUAUCAUAAUAAUGUCAUCGCAUCUUUACAAUAUGUCUGCACUGAGGAUCAAGACAUCUCAUAUUCAUAUUACUUGUAACCAGGAUCUUGCAUUUAAAUGCGUUCACAUUAAA